AUGAUGGCGCCUCUUCUCAGGCUUCUGCCGCUACUUCACCAAGCUCUUGCAGUUGGCAAGGGCAACCCAACGCUUCAUUGUGUAGUUCUGGCAACGCCAAACACCUAUGAAGUUCACAUGUUGGCAGGGCAAUUCAGGUUGAAGGCCGGUAUUUUCGAAUGCGACUCCUACGACAUCUAUAGCAAUGUCAGUGCAUGGGAGCUCUUUAAAGAUCACGUGGAUGUAGCUGAUCAGCUUGCACACAAGGUGCACAACAUCGGGAUCCCGCUCUUCGCGCCGAUGGUCGCAGGACCCCCAGGCUGGGAUCCCAGUGACGCGAAACAAGAGGGGAAGAAGGGCGCCAAACAUUUAGCCAACACACCGAUCUUCGAGACCUUGUGGUCAAACGUUUGCGCAGACGGCAGUUUCAGGCAUUAUAGCUUCACCGCCAAAGUGGAUGUGGACACGGUUCUGUUGCCGAACCGGGUCUCCGCCGACAUGCACGGUCGACCGCCGCGCGCGGAAUACUUCUGGAACGUGAAAAACGACAUGUACGGGAAUUUCCUGCACGGCCCCAUCGAGCUCAUUUCGAGAGAUGCGAUGCACACCCUUUGCAAGCGCUCCCAGGUGUGCAAGAAAAGCAUUUCCCAAGCCGCCUAUGGAGAAGACUUCUACAUGAAUGAGUGUUUGAAGCAUCUAGGAGUUCCAGCAGUGCAGGGUGUCCACCUUCUCUACGACAUGUACUCCUACGGCGAUUGGGGCCAGAAGAAGUGCACCCCCUUAGUGGCGGACAAGAUGGUAAGUCGAGUGCCCCGGAGCUACGCAUCGUACCACCCUCGCAAAGAUCUUGCGGGCUGGAUCCGAUGUCGGAAGGAAGCAAACUCUGGCAAGGUCUUGACAAAUCAAGAGGUGACCGAGGCUUUGAGGGAGUCCAAACUUCGAAGUAGCAAGGCUCGCUCCGAACAUCGCAAAGUUGAUGAUUUCGCCGAAGCGGUCGAGGUGACCUCCAAUGGCCUUGGAACGAGCUUGACGUCUACUAGGCCCGUGACGAUUGGUGUCCUCUUGAUGGGCGCCAGCACCGUGGCUCUCUUCCUUCUCCUCCGGUCGCAUCUCUUCUGCAAGACUUCGGAGCCGCAAGAGACAUCCGUGCCGUUGCCCAACGGCGACGCGCCCGACUUCAAUGAAGUGCCCCUGACGUAUCGCAGUGAUGCUGAAAGGAUUCCCCUGGUCUGA